UCCAGUGGUAUCAAACCCUUCCAUUUAUACUGGAGGUGGUGGGUUCGAGCUUCAGUGGAGUUGAGAGUGACUCUCAACCUUCAAUAGGUUGAGUUGUAUUAAAAAAAAAGAAGGGCUGCAUGUUCACAAGCUAAUUCAUCGAUUUAGAUAUAUUCAGACUAGGGAAGUAUUUCUUGGCAUUCAAGGUAGGACUGAGUCAUUCAAGGUAGGACUGAGUGUGAAGGUGCCCAAAUCGAUUGGGGUUAGGGUUUAGAAAUUUUCUUCCAUCUGAACAAUCACACAAGGUUCAACUAUGGCUACGGCGUUGAGGUCAAUAGCUCGCGGUGUCAGGAGCAAAAACAGCUUGUUCUCAUCAAUGUACACUCCGGUGUCUACUUUGCAUUCUCAUGCCACCAGUUUCGGGUUUAAGGAGGUACCGGAAGAAGAAAAGAGCAAAUUGGUUGGAAAUGUAUUUUCCAGUGUUGCUUCUAACUAUGAUCUCAUGAAUGAUUUGAUGAGUGGAGGACUACAUAGGCUAUGGAAGGACCAAUUGAUAUCCAAAUUGAAUCCUUUUCCUGGAAUGAAGCAUCUUGAUGUGGCUGGUGGGACAGGGGAUGUUGCAUUCAGGAUUCUGGAAACUAUCAAAAGUGUAAAACGCAGAGCCUUACAAGAUAUCCUUGAUGAUAAUGUGAUUGAGGAAACCCAAAUUUAUGUAUGUGACAUCAAUCCAAACAUGUUAAAUGUUGGUAAGAAGCGGGCUCAGGAAAGAGGUUUUGGAGAGGACAAAUCCCUCAUUUGGGUGGAGGGAGAUGCCGAAGCCUUGAAAUUUGAAAACAGUUCCAUGGAUGGUUACACAAUUGCCUUUGGGAUUAGGAAUGUCACACAUAUAGAAAAGGUUCUUGCUGAAGCUUAUAGGGUGCUCAAGCCGGGAGGAAGAUUCCUUUGCCUUGAACUGAGCCAUGUUGAUGCCCCAAUCUUUAAAGAUCUGUAUGAUUUAUAUUCAUUCUCAGUCAUCCCAGCAGUCGGUGAGAUGGUGACCGGUGAUCGUGACUCUUAUCAGUACUUGGUUGAGAGUAUUCGCCGUUUCCCUCCACAGGAGAAGUUCGCUGCAAUGAUUGCAGAAGCUGGGUUCCAAAAUGUAGGAUAUGAGAAUCUUGUAGGAGGAGUUGUUGCAAUCCAUUCUGGGUUCAAGUUUUGAAAUAACUUUAGAGACCCUUCAAGUCAUUGCUGGCUUUUUCAAAAUCUUAUACUAGAAGAUUAGUCAUAGAAAAUCAAGUUUUAGGGUUCCAAGUUAUGGUAGGUUUGUGAUGAUACUCCAAGAAGUGCAACUCUCCAUUAUGAAACUUGUGAUGGGAAAAACAUUCUCCAAAAUUUGAUUAUUACAUGAGUAAAUAAGAGUGUAAUACAUUCAUUCUUUUGCACCUCAA